CGGCCAGCUCCCGGCGCGGACUCCCAGGACGACGGGAACCGAUGACUUCGCAUCCUUCUGCCCCGAGAUCGUUCCCGUAAGAUGACUAUGGACGUGAGCAAGAGCGAGCCCAGCAAGAACGGAACUCCUCACCAGGAGUGCGCGGGAUGCGGAAAAGUCAUUACGGAAAGGUACCUUCUGAAGGCGCUGGACAUGUUCUGGCACGAGGAUUGCUUGAAGUGCGGAUGCUGCGACUGUCGCCUGGGGGAGGUCGGAUCGACCCUGUACACCAAAGCCAAUUUGAUUCUUUGCAAACGAGACUAUCUCAGACUCUUUGGGAACACCGGAUACUGCGCCGCCUGUACCAAAGUGAUUCCGGCAUUCGAAAUGGUCAUGAGAGCGAGGACGAACGUGUACCACCUGGAGUGUUUUGCCUGUCAACAGUGUAACAAUAGGUUUUGCGUCGGGGACCGGUUCUACCUCUGCGAGAACAAGAUCCUCUGCGAGUACGACUACGAGGAGAGGCUCGUCUUCGCCAACAUGGCGCUCCACCCGCCGCCCUCCGCGACGCUCGCGCACAUCAAGAGGCAAGUGACGCAUCUGCAGCCGCCCGGCGUCGCCACCGGAGGCCAGCAACGGGCAGCGAACGGGGAGGCGCCGACCCACAACCACAACGGCUACCCGACGACUCCCACGUCGGCCGCUCACAAUGCGCUCAAUCCGAUGAACAACUUGAACGGCAUCAACGCGCAACCACCCUACGACGCGAAAUGACAGUCAAAGUAAAUACGAGCUGGCCAGGCGGUCACCGUUGCGAGUCGGUCGGGCGAAUCCCGACACCGCGCGACUCUUCCCGGACGCCAAACUCGCUCGCCCGAUUCGACGGAGGUCGGCCAAACCCAUCCUCGAUUUUAGUCCAUUGACGUCCUAUGUCAUUUAUAACCGCUGGCCGUAUACCGCCAACGGAAUGCCUCGCUAAUUUUCGCCGAUUCUCGAAGCAGUGCUUUGCGCGAAUAACCUUUCCACGAUUCGAGUCGUUUGCCAAGACGGUGCCGAAAUUCCGGGGCGUCACCCCGAGGUGACGACGUCGGUAGCUCUCGCGAAGGGAAUCGCAAUCGUAGAUUCCAAAGGUGCAAACUCCCACGUGUAAAGUCGAGGAGAAAAAUGCGCGAAAGUUGAGGGAGGGAUCGAUCCUUCCAAAUCGGGGAGAUCGAAUCGUACCGAUCUCCUGUCCCGAGGCCUCGCUCGCCCCCGGGGGCACCGUACAUCAGGGGUGACUUAGCAUUGUUUCAAGUUCGAAUCUCUGCGCGAGGCCAGAUUGAUGUCGCGAACUUUCGUGGCUGCCUUAUUUGCGAGUCAGAUAACGAGGCUGAGUUAUGCGUAAAGUUGCUGCAGGGGAUUCAGGGAUGGCGACCAACGGGGAAAAGAGAGCACGGCGGUUCUCGGAAGAUGUUUUAUUUCCCCGGCAUGACGCGCCGCGUAUGCUCCUGGACUCGCCGAGCUAAGCUCUCGACUAAUUUUACGAGCCGUGCGCGUCCACGAGGGAAGGAAACGUUGCUUUUAUUUUCGGAUCGAUUUCGUGGCAUCGCGGGCAAUGGUCGAGACGAAAAAUUUCAUCGCUCGACGCGAAUCGUGAUCUCGAGAUCGAAACCUUCGUUCUUCCGGGGAAGCGUUUCGUAUUCUCGGCAAUGGAAACGCGAUUCCUCUUUGACGUCGUGCGCGCGAACGUCCGAUCGCGGAUCGAAUGCUCUCACGGCAUGUAGGAACCUAGAGAUUUCUCCGACGUCGAGAAGUAUUAUACGAGUAUACGUAUAGUUCCUAAAUUACGCGCGUUUGCGUCGGCAUGUGUACAGAAAUGAAGACUAUCCUGUGCGAGCCGAGAGAAGACAAGGAAGCGGAACCGCGAACGAAAAAGAGAAGACCAAGACGUUCGAAAUAUAUGUGCGAAUAUUAUAUCCUAACGAUACUUAUCGAAGCUAGUCAAGACGCGUUUACGUAUAGGCUCCGGAAUGCGAGUAGAACCGACAUCACUUCCGAUCCCCCUGUAUCGUUAAUCGGUCGUGUCAUCGGCUUACAAUAUUCAAAAUCGAUAAACGCGAACGCUCGAAACUAACCAAGCGUUCCCGUUUCGAUGGCCCUUUACUUCUUGCAUUUGUAGUACCUUUCGCACGGAGAGGCGCUUUUCUUCUCCAAAUGACAAGUCCAUCGAACCAUCGUUUCUAAUUACCCGUACUUGCUCUAAACCUGCUUUUUCAUCGAUCGCCAUUAAUACGACACGGUGCUUAGAGCAACACGAAUACGUGAUGGAAUGCGAACGUUUUAAGUAUGUUGCGUAUGACUAACUAGUCAACCGGUCUGUUUUGUAAUAUAGUUUUA